AUGCCUUCAGUAAAAAGAAGGAGAGGAAGACCUCCUACCCGAAACCAACCACCUGUUGGGGUUUCCUCGUCCAAUACUAACCGUACUCCUCAAACAGAACCAGUGGCGACCAAACACGAUGAGUCGGUGGGAGCACAUGAUGAAGCUGAUAUAUUUUCUUUUCGCACUAGUGCUAUCAGCAAGUUUAUCUCAAACAACGAGCUUUUGGAUAAUCUAAUUACCAAGUAUAUUCCUAUUGAUAGUAUUAUUCCGCCGGCUUCAUUUCCUGGUGCUAAAAUUGGUGGGAAGAAGUUCGAACUGAAAAACUUAAAGGAAGACGAAAAGGUUGCCUUGACGUCUAGGUUGGCCACUAAUUCAAUCGACGCAGAUGACGUUCUGUUGGGUGAUAUCAACUUGAUCAGGUUGAAGUCUGAACUUCUACAAAAGCAACUGCAUGACGAAGAAGAGGAGUUAAAAAAUGCUCAGAACAUAGACAACUUAAUUGAUGACGAGUUUAUUUUCAUGGAGAAAGCUUACAAUAAGCUAGCCUUAUUACACACACGAUUGAGCAGCAACGAGGACUUUCAAUCACAAAAAGACUCGUUGAGUUUGCUUCAGUCUGAAUUAAAAGACAAAUUUAACAAGAGGAUAGAUGACGACCAGAUUGUGAGACAACUGAGUACUAGCAAGUUAAACGCAGGACGUAUUUCAGUUACGGCCGAUGAGGCCAAAGAAGCAUUGGAGAUGCUUAAUCAGAAGAAACAAGAAGCAUAUAGGCUUCAAAUGCAAGAGCAACAACAAAAGCAACAGCAGGAAGCUCAAUCACAGACAGAUAUACAGGAUAUGUUUCAACCACCAGUACCAAGUUUCAUGCCGCCGCAAUCUCAGGAGUCUGCUAUUAUUCCCCAAUUUAAUGGAUCGUCUGGCAAUACAAACUCUCAAGGCUUAAUGUUCCAAAUGCCAGCAGAUCCUCUAGAAAAUGGAUCUGAGUUUAGUAACCCUCCAGAGAGUGAAUUGAUGAACCAAAAUCUAUUUGUCAAUGACGAGAUGAUUGGCAACGAUUUCUUAGGAGAUCAGAUGUUUUUUGACGACAGAUAA